CAACAAGAAACAGGACAGGACUGUUUCUUGAGAUGAAUAUAUAUAUAUAUAUAUAUUUCUAUAUUUCUAUGAAUCUGGAGAAUGCAGGAUCAGCUCUACUGACAAAACAGUUGAUGUCCAGGUGAUCCAAGUCUUCACCUGCUCACUAUGUCCACCUGUAAAGGUAUAAUGGACCUUCUUUUGGUCCCCCUUAAGAGCUCUAGUGCCCUCAAAAUGUCCUCCAGCACUGUCUCUUCAGAAACAUCUGACAAACCAGUGGAGGAUCAUCCGGACAAGAGGAAAAACCAUCAUUGUUCAGACUGUGGGAAGAGUUUUAAUCAGAAAACCGAUCUCCAAAAACACCAGCGAAUUCACACCGGAGAGAAACCGUUUCACUGCUCAGACUGUGGGAAGAGCUUUACCGUCCAAAGCAAUCUCCAACGCCAUCAGCGUAUUCAUACAGGAGAGAAAUUGUAUCAGUGUUCAGACUGCGGCAAGAGUUUUAACGUACAGAGUAAUCUCCAGCGUCACCAGCGCGUUCACACAGGAGAGAAACCGUUUAUCUGUUCUGACUGCGGGAAAGGUUUUGGCGAACUGACAGCUCUACGUUUACACCAGCUGAUUCACACCGGAGAGAAACCGCAUCAGUGCUCAGACUGCGGGACUCGUUUUAAUAAGAAGAGAAGUCUAAGGCGACACCAGCGCAUUCACACCGGAGAGAAAUCGUAUCUGUGUUCAGACUGCGGGAAGAGUUUUACUCAACACAGCAACCUCCGAAAACACCGGCGCGUUCACACCGGAGAGAAACCGUUUCACUGCUCAGACUGUGGGCGGAGCUUCACUCAAAGGAAUAAUCUCAAAAAACACCAGCUCAUUCACAGAGGAGAGAAACCGUAUCAGUGUUCAGAGUGCGGGAAGAGUUUUACUCAACUAAAUAGUCUCCAAACUCACCAGCGCGUUCACACUGGAGAGAAACCGUAUUAUUGCUCAGAUUGUGGGAGGAGCUUCAGUCACUCUAAUACAUUAACGAAACACAAAUGCGUAACGAGUUCAGCCGAAAACUAUGAGGUAUGUUUGCCAGAAGCCGACUCUUAAUAUUGCGUUAAAAAAGAUUAUUUAAGACAUCCUUACCUUGUCUUAGGCUGCUUUCAGCCCUGCCUUGUUUGGUCCAGACUUUUCAGUUUAUAUAUCAUGUGUGAAACCAAAAUUUGGUCCUACCAAAAAAAUAAAGUUCUCAUUCUGUAUCAACAGUAGACAAACAAAAGUGAAGAAGUGUUCUGCCAAAAUGCCCAAAUUCUCUUGGUGAUGUGCAGGAGCGUCUUACAGCGGUAUGGAUACAACAGAUUCUUCUUUCCUGUCAUGUUGAAACUGUAAAAGAUGUAAAUAAAAAUUAUAAUCUUGCCUAAAAUAAUAAAGAAAUGUUUCAUAUUUAUGUUUAUCAACCUAAUGCCUUUUGGAAAUCAUUAUAUCUUUUACUUACCUAAAUAUUCA